UGCUGUGUCUGCUCUACUUUUGUUCCACAAUUGCGUCCAGUGCGCUGCCACUGCUGAGAACGCCGUCUCCUUGCGCCUUUGUGAGAGUCAAUUCGGUCACCUGGAAACCGCACGCCUUACUCUCCUGUUGUUUGGCUUGUGCUUUGCCCUCAUACAUGCACGCUCCCGCCUCGAGAAAAGUUUUCUGUCUUUGUCUUCGCUUGUCUUCGCUUUGCUUUGCUCGACUCUCGUUAUCGUUCCCUCCUCGUCUGACAUUCAGGAUGCUGGUCGCCAUGGCUUGGUCGACGUAGGAGCAGAAAAUCACUGGCUGCGAGCUCCGAACUUGCAGCUGGCCAAUGAUCGACAGUACCUGGCCAUCUCGCUGUACUUGUUCCCGUCCGGCAUCGAUUUGGAUAACCACGCAGCAUCUCCGUUCAGAUGAAGGACCAGCCUGGCAGCACAACAUCCUUGUGGUAGAUCCGACAACGAGGUCGUCCACACGACAUCCACACGCUGUACUGCACGUUCUCUCCGCCCGAGAGUGCGUUGCAGACACACAGGCGCGUGUGCAAUGCAACUCGCCGCUGCUCUGCAGCAUCGCCAUCCACCACCAGGCUUUGCCAACCACACUCCCCGCGAGUGGGAGAUAACAGCAGUCUGCCCCGCGCAAUCUCUUCCGUACUCGGAUGACAUGUUCGGACUUGGGCCUGGCAUUGGCAGGACAGUUGGUGGUGCUGGUCCACCCUAUACCGAGGCCUCAACCAUGGGCCAGGCCCCAUCAUCAGCUCCUGCUACUAAUGCCAAGUCAGACCAUUUGCGCAAGGCGAGCUCCUCAGCAAUUCUUCGCGAAGACUCUAUUCAGCAGACUUUCGAGGACAGUCAGUGUCCAAGUCCAGCGACCGAUUAUACCCCUGCAUUGUCUCGGUCGGAUUCUUGGUCUAUCCAUUACGACUGCACGACCCAGGCACCUUACUCUAGUGCUUGCCCCGGUGGCGGGCCGUCUACCGUUGGCAAUAUGAACACUCAAACGAGCCUGACUCGCCUACCGAAAGACAACCCGUCUCACGAUUUGGCCUACUUCCUCAAGAAUACUGCUCCCCCACUCGCUCACAGGAAGCCACGGAGAGUACUGAGUGGCAGGACAGCUCUGCGUCUGUUGAGGAACGGCAGUGGACCUCAGAGGAAGCCGCGAAGCUCAUUGAUACAAAAUGCUCAUGACAGACUCAACGGCGUUUUACGUGACGAGGGUGGACUGCUCCCUGGAAGCGUCCCGCGAAACUGUGAACAAAAGAUAUCAUCUACUGGAAAACGAUAUUUGGCGUUGGUGCCUGAGCAACCGGAGCUUGACGAAAGUGGCGAUACGACAAUGGAGUUCGAUGAGCCUUCAAUAUUGAGCCCAGACAUCCUGGAAUCGCGAGUGUCGGUCUGCUUCCACGACGAUGUCACAUCUGCGACUGACGACAUUCUUGACAACUGGCUGUCGUCCUACGCCGAUUCUUUGACGAAGCAGCAGACUCACAGUAUCAGUGACCAACAUACUAUCAUCAGCGACCGAAGCUCGAAACCACCUUCUAGUUUCCAAGAUGUAGCUAGUCGUCUGUCCAGGCAACACCACUAUUCAGACACACCGAUACGACCGGCGGCGUCAGUCCCACCCAGUCCCAUCCCCGAGUCGGCAAUCUCCAUGGCAGAUUCGUACCACAGUAGUGUGUUUGAUCGACCGCCUCCAAGGCUAUCCUUUGACACUACAAGAGCACUGACUAGCCAUCCGACAUCUGCGAAAGAGGCGUCCCUGUCACGGUCGUCGAACGUCGCUCUGCCACACGAGGCUUUUCCUGUUAAGCACCCAAGUCCUGGAAAGGAAGUGCAGAUCCGUCAUCCAGUACCUCGUCGGCUAGGCAGUCACCCUGUACUUCUGCAAAGAGCUUCAAGCAUAGCGUCAAUGAUGUACCAGAGGAGUCAGUCCGAACACAGGAGUUCUUGCGACAGCCCCGGACCUCCGCCUCCUCGGAGUCCGUUACGGUUGCGACGAGAUCCUCGAACGAUCGAGGGCAUCAUCUCAAAUCACGAAAACUCGCGUGGAAGUACGGCUAGACUGGCGCCCAGUAUCAAGUCUGCCAGUGAGUUCAAUUUCGACGUUGAGCCGAUUCGGGCUACAGUCACUACUGAGUGCUCUGGGCCCAUCAAGCGCCCAAGAUCACGAGGAAAGAAGGAGAGAGCGAAGUUACCUAGAGCCCCAUAUCCUAGUCCUCGCAGGGAACGCGAAGAGCGUGUCCGAGCACGCAAGCUUCGCGACAAGCCCUCCACGAUCAGAGCGAUCGAUGCCGUGGUCAAUGAGCCAGAGCAGAGCACCAAGCAACGUCUUAAGAAGAUGAGACCAAGGAUUCAGAUUCCCACUCUGAUACCACAUCGAGCUACUUCGACAGCAAGCGAUGCUUCGAGCUCCGCUAGUUACAAAAAGGUCACCCAGUCCACAGCGUCUCCUGUCUCACCCGUGCCCUCCCUGGCCAGUGAGAUCUCGGAAGAAGAUAACAUGGGGUGCACUCCAAUCUCUCCUACAGCAUCAGCCGAAGUACAAAACAUGCAAGCAGGUCUGCAGAUGUCCCCGAUGAUGUUCGUGGCCGAGCAGGUACCAGUGCCGAAGACGACCAAAACUCCCUCUUCGCCCAAGCUCAUCAUGAGGGAGACGAAGAGUAGCUCCAAGGCGCCCUACAAGCCAAGGCCAAGGUCGGCCUCUUUACCGCGAAAUGCUCUGAGACGUCGGAGUCGGCAGAGCGUCAGCAAUCGCUCGUCACCACGGAGCAGUAGUCCAGUACUGCGGGCUUCAUUCGACAUCGUCUCCUCGGCCGAUCUACCCUCGCCGCCACCCACGAGGGCUCCACCACCAACACCACCCCAAUCAGUCAUCGAAAAGCCCGCCGUCUCAAACAUUGGCGCGAAACGCUCGGUCCAGGGCAAAGAACUCCCCACAGUCCCAUCCUACGAAGUAUCCCCCAUCUCGACCUCCUCCACCAAAAAAUUCCCACCCAUCACCGCAGCACAGCGAAAACCCCACGCAGAACGUAACCAAAAACCAGAAAGCAGCAUAUCAACCAACCGAGCAGCUUCCCGAAUCGACGCCCGAUUAGAAGCACUCGAAAAGCAAAACGCCCUCUUAUCAGCAGCUUUGAUGGCAGUUCUGAAAACCAACGGUCAACACAAUGGUCCUUUGGCAGAAUUGGGAAUCCAACAACAGCAGCAGCUAGAACCGGCUAAACCUAUGGCGUGGGAGACGCGUGUGGCGAGGAGGAGUGAGGCUACAAUGGCGAGUACGCAUACGAAUACUACUACGGCGAGUAGUAGUGGGAAUGAUAAUGCUCUGGAGAUGUAUAUGAGUACCAGACAGGGUCGACGGAGGCAGGAGAGGGGGGUGAAGUGAGGGGAGAGAGGUGCCUUAGAUAUUAUGAUGGGUGGAGGAGCAAUCUUCUCGAUUUUUUGCCUACCAGAGCGUAGUAUCAGGUACUGCAGACGAAGAUGUCAACGGCCGUCAAUGAUGAAAAGUAGGGAUAUAAUCUUUAAUAUCAUGUAUCGUGCUGAAUAACGGC